AUGCCCCCCCGUAAGCAGAGAGCCCGUGGUAAGGGAAAGGAGAAGGUAGAUGAUCGCGAGCCAUGGGAGGACCCGCCCUACGUCAAGUGGAUGAAGGAACAGUGCGAAAACGGCAAAACGCGUGGUCAAAUAAUGCGGGAAGCAGCUCCUAGGCGGGACGGCGCCGGCCCGAGCGGAGCGCGUGGCGCUCAUGCAGACAGCUCUGACGGCGGCGGUGACACCGACGUGAGCGAUGACGAGCUCGAGGAGAUUGUCUCCUCCAGCGGAUCCGAGGACGACUCCGACAACUCGAACGCGAAUGACAGUAGCGACGAGGAGGAGUCCGACGCGGAUCCCGCCGGCUCGGAUGCUGGCCCAAGUACACGCAAGCGCACACGUGACGCGAAAGCGAAGCGCAAGUGGAGCGACGAGGAGCUUACUGCAUUGGCGGCCGCUAAGUGGUACACUCGCGACGAUCUGAAGCAGAUGCGUGGCAAACAAGGCAAUCAAUAUUGGAAGAAGCUCCGCGCGCACAUGAAAAAGAGCGGCGUAAAGUGGAAGCGCAACAGCACCGCCAUGCAACACGCAUGGAAGCGUCUUGAGGCAGAGUACCGUGACACGAUGCGCCACAACGGCACGUCAGGGAAGGCGCCCAAGCGGAAGAAACCCUGGUUCGAGUAUGUUUACCUCAUUAAGAAGCUCCCUGCCAACGUUAAACCGCAUGUGCUGGAUGGUGGCGGAGCAGGGGAGACCCACGCUGAUCCAGGAGCACCAAUACGCGACGAUGCCGAGAUGGGCGAGGGUGGAAUGCGUUCCCGAGUCAACGAGACCGCCACCAUGGCGGCAGCGAAAGUCAUCGCCGACACAAUCACAACAUGCAAUGCUCAGGCGCUGCGGCAGCUUAGCGACACGGUGCAACUCCUCGUGACAGCCAUCCACGUCGCUGCCACGAUCGGGAGGGCUCCGCCUCCACAACCCCAGCCUAUGGCGCCGCCGCCGCCCGCCAAUGCGCACGCCCUCACAGUCACGCAUGGCAACGAAGACUCGCCCGCCUUAGGCGGAGAGGCUGGCGACGUUCCCCACAAUGUGGACGAGGAGGCGCGCGAUGACAUGACGUCCGACUAG